UAGAAAGGAAUCUGAUUUUCCUUUCCACAGAUCCACACCACACCUCUCUCUCUCUCCACUUUCUCUCUCUCUGACUCUUCCUCGAAUCUUCCUCUCCUUCAUAUCCAUUCCCUGUUUGUUAUUCAAGAUGGGAUUGUCAUUCGCAAAACUGUUUAGCCGACUAUUUGCUAAGAAAGAGAUGCGAAUUCUUAUGGUUGGUCUUGAUGCUGCUGGUAAAACCACCAUUUUGUACAAGCUCAAGUUGGGAGAAAUUGUUACCACUAUUCCCACCAUUGGAUUCAAUGUGGAAACUGUGGAAUACAAAAACAUUAGCUUUACAGUCUGGGAUGUUGGUGGUCAGGACAAGAUUCGACCUUUGUGGAGACACUACUUCCAAAACACACAAGGCCUUAUCUUUGUGGUCGACAGCAAUGACCGUGACCGUGUAGUCGAGGCUAGAGAUGAGUUGCAUAGGAUGCUGAAUGAGGAUGAAUUAAGGGAUGCUGUUCUGCUUGUGUUUGCAAAUAAGCAAGAUCUACCAAAUGCAAUGAAUGCCGCGGAAAUUACUGAUAAGCUCGGCCUUCAUUCUCUUCGACAGCGCCAUUGGUAUAUUCAGAGUACUUGUGCCACUUCUGGUGAAGGAUUGUAUGAGGGGCUGGACUGGCUCUCAAACAACAUCGCUAGCAAGGGUUAGAUGACCGUGGGAGUGGUUGCUGCAGUCUCGAGUUAGCUAAGGCUGCACUGCAAAUGCCGUGUUAUAGAUAUUCAUCCCAGAGUGUUGUUUUGCUAGAUUUGAAAUGUUAUCGACUCUUAUUAUUAUUGCACGGGAGUUCUUUUGAUUCUUAUGCUGCUUUCUAAUUGUUUUUGUAAUCCAUGUGUACCUUGAUUGUGGUUUGAGCUGACAUUUUGGUAAUCCAAAAAAUGGGCAUGUUGGAGAUUC